GCAACCGCACAAGGCCAUUUUAGCACGGUACACUAGAACCGUUAAAAAACUCUUCAUCUGUUGUUCAUCUUUCUGAAUCUGACGGACUCUGUGCUGAAUUCAGUUGGGCUUAACUGUACCCCGCAGUGUCCAGUGUCAUCAACUGGCCAUUCAUGACCUCCAUUUUUUGAUGACGUCUAGCUCUUGUUCCUUUGGAGUUUGAAGCCACGAACUCAGGUAGCCAUAAUGGCGAAACUUAAAGAGGAGCUCUGGAAAACUCUGCAUGAUUUGAAGGAAGAUGAGUUUGAAAAUUUCAAGUGGUUCCUGAAGGAGGAUGGCAUCCUGGAGGGGUCGUCAGGCAUCCCUGUGUAUCAGCUGGAGAAGGCAAAAAGGCAGGACACGGUGGAUCUCAUGGUACAAAAAUAUCCAGGUUCUGGAGCUCUGAAGGUAACCUUGAAGAUUUUAGGAAACAUCGACAGGAAUGAUCUGGUGCAGCGCCUUCAAAACUUCCGCUUGGAGCCAAGAAAUGGUGCUAAGAAAGAAGAGUAUAAGGGAGAGAAGCCCAAACUCCAGUGGGUGCAGCAGUUUGCAGUGGAUGUGACUCUGGAUCCUGAUACAGCACAUCCUCACCUCAUCCUGUCUGCUGAUGGGAAACAAGUACGCCAUGGUGACGUGAGGAAGAAACUCCCAAACAACCCUGAGAGAUUUCACAGAUGUGUGAACAUCUUAGGAAAGCCGAGUUUCUCGUCAGGAAAAUUUUACUACGAGGUUCAGGUUAAAGGGAAGACUGCCUGGGCUUUGGGAGUAGCCAAAGAAUCAAUCAAGAGGAAAGUCCAGAUCACAGCAAGUCCAGAGAAUGGCUACUGGACCAUAAUGUUGACAAAUGAAGAUGUGUAUGAAGCCAAUGAUGAUGAUCCUGUCUGUCUGUCUCUGAAUCAGCCUCCUCAGAAGGUGGGUGUGUUUGUGGACUAUGAUGAGGGUCUGGUCUGCUUUUAUGAUGUAGAUUCUGCAGAUCUUCUCUACUCCUUCACUGGCUGCUCCUUCACUGAGAAACUCUACCCAUUCUUUACUCCUUUCACUAAUGAUGGUGGUGUAAACUCUGCCCCUCUGAUCAUCUCUCCUGUCAAUCACCCACUGAACCUUAAGAUGCAUGACUUUGAUUGUCAAACAGAAGAACAUGAAAGAAAGAAGGCUGAGCUGAAGAGCCUCCAGCAGUUUGCAGUGGACGUGACUCUGGAUCCUGAUACAGCACACCGUGCGCUCUUCUUAUCUGCUGACGGGAAACAAGUGCAUGAUGGUGAUGUAUGGAAGGAAUUGCCAGACAACCCAGAGAGAUUUAACAGAUGUGUGAACGUCUUAGGAAAGCAGAGUUUUUCAUCUGGAAAAUUUUACUAUGAGGUUCAGGUUAAAGGGAAGACUGCCUGGACUUUAGGAGUCGCAAAGGAGUCGAUCCAAAGGAAGGGACGCAUCACACUGGAUCCUAAUAAUGGUUUCUGGACUAUUUGUCUGGAGGAUAGAGAUCAUUACCAGGCUGUUGAUGACCCUUUCGUUCAUCUCUCUCUGAAUCAGCCUCCUCAGAAGGUGGGAGUGUUUGUGAACUAUGACGAGGGUCUGGUCUCCUUUUAUGAUGUAGAUUCUGCAGAUCUUCUCUACUGUUUUACCGGCUGCUCCUUCACUGAGAAACUCUACCCAUUCUUCAGUCCCUGUACUAAUGAUAAUGGUACAAAUUCUGCCCCCUUGAUCAUUUGUCCUGUCAGUGACUUCAGUGAUCAGGAAGAACAUGAAAGAAAGAAGGCUGAGCUGAUGAGCGUCCAACAGUUUGCAGUGGAUGUGACUCUGGAUCCUGAUACAGCCCAUCCUAAUCUCAUCCUGUCCGAUGAUGGGAAACAAGUACAUCAUGGUGAUGUGAGGAAGAAACUACCAGACAACCCAGAGAGAUUUUACAGAUGUGUGAACGUCUUAGGAAAGCAGAGUUUCUCCUCAGGAAGAUUUUACUACGAGGUUCAGGUUAAAGGGAAGACUGCCUGGACUGUGGGAGUCGCCAAGGAGUCCAUGGAAAGGAAAGAAAGUAUUACAGUGAGUCCUGAAGGCGGUUUCUGGACCAUGUGGUUGAGGGAUGGCAACAGGUAUGAAGCUAAUGAUAACCCGUCAGUGCGUCUCUCUCUGAAGUCUAAUCCUCAGAAGGUGGGAGUGUUUGUAGACUAUGACGAAGGUCUGGUCUCCUUCUAUGAUGUAGAUGCCGCAGAUCUUCUUUACUCCUUUACAAGCUGCUCCUUCACUGAGAAACUCCUUCCAUACUUCAGUCCCUGUACUAAUGACAAUGGUACAAACUCUGCCCCUCUGAUCAUUUGUCCUGUUAGGCACAGUGUUUAAUCACACUUGCAGGUGUUUCAGUUAUUCUAGUUGGAGUUCUGCUCAGCUUGGCCAGAGUUAAGCUGCAAAUCACAGCAAGUCACUGAGCCGAACAUACAGCAGAUAUAAGAAUAAUAAAUGUCUAUAUUGUCUCAUCUUAAAGCACAUUGUAAAGGUUUUAAAUUGUUCUGAUACUACAUUUUGAAGAGAAGGUCUGACUUUGGAGUAUCUUGUAGUCCAUUAGUACAAAGGCACAGAUGGACGCACUAGACUGCAGCUCAGGCUGCAACCCAAACUGGACCCGAGCCAGAGAGAGUAGUAACCGAGCCUGACCUGAA